GUUAUAUUAAAAAUACAUUUUUAUGAAAAUUAAUACUUAAGUUGAAAUAAAACAAUGAUAAUUGGUAAUUUUGUGUAAUUUUAUCUAGGCUUGAAGUGACCUGGGAACAACAACUACAAUGAGCUUACCAAAUGUGGAUGUGGCAAUCACAAAUGAUCUAGAACGGAGGAUUGCUGAAGCGUUUGAGGUUUUUGACCACGGAGGAAACAAAACGGUUGAUGUCAGGGAAGUUGGAACUAUAAUUCGAUCUUUAGGAUGCUGCCCCAGCGAAGCAGAAGUUCAGGAGAUCAUUGUAAGGGUAGAGGAUCAAGAAACUUCUGGGAGUGUCACUUUAGCAAACUUUCUGCCUGUCGUCUCACAAAUCAUCUCGGAGUUUAAAUUACAGCCAGCAUCUCCUGAAGAACUUUUGAAAGCGUUCCAGACCUUGGAUAAAGAAGGAAAAGGCUUCUUGGAAAGAGAGGCAACAGCCAGAGCCAUGAUGGAGGAAGGAGAACCAUUCACACAGGAAGAAGUGGACGAGAUGAUGGCUGUAGCUGUGAACCCAGAGUCUGGUAACAUUCCAUACGAGUACUACAUCAAUCAGAUCAUGGUGGACUAAAACAAGUUGUUCUUCAAUCGAUUUAAUUUACUUUUUGAGUGCUGUUGGUUCAAAACUAGACAAGAGAUUUCUUAGUUUGACCUAGGCGGUCCAAAACAACAUCCGUUCGAAUAUAUAUAUAAAAUCCAACGUAUGUUUGUCGUUUGUUUGACCUGUAUGCGUUACCAAACCGGCCAUUCGAUUGUAACGAAUAUUGGGUAAAUUGUUCUAUACACCCCCAGGAAGGUUUGUGUGAAAUACAAUUUUGAAAAACUCAGGGCUCUGCCCCAGCGGCCUUUAAAGUUCCCAUGUUAUCCUUAUGCAGAAAAGAUUUGUUUACAUUUGAACAAUACUUUUAAUUUUUACACUAUUGACUAAGGUAACAGUUGGCUAUAUUUAUUUAGUUUAAAUUAAAAGUUCCUGGGGACCGAAAAUCAUUAGUUUACUCUGAGCGCAGUCUUAGUAUUGCAGAUACAUUAAUCCAUUCCCACACUCCACACUACGUGGACCUGUUUCCCUCCCUUCCCAUCGCAUUUUAGGAUUGCCGAUACAUUAAUCUAAUUGCCACAAACAGUUCCCACACUCCGCACUACUAGCCUUUACUACUUCCUUCACCACUCCCUACAUCGUGGACCUGUGUCCUUCCCUUCUCAUAGCAUUUAAGUAUUUGCAGAUAGGGCCUACGUUAAUCUAAUUGCCACAAACAGUUCCCACACUCCGCACUACUAGCCUUUACUACUUCCUUCACCACUUCCUAAGUUUUGGACCUGUUCCUAUCUCUUCCCAUAGCAUUUUAGUAUCUUCCCACACCCCGCACAGCUAGCCUUUACUACAAUGUAACGAGUUAUCUUCAGUGUAAUCUUUGCUCAAUUGUAACAACUUAUGUUUUUCCUUUUGUACUGUAUUUUGUAAUUUGCUAGCAUAGUGUGGA